GCGUUAAAAGUCUUUCUCUGUUGGUUCCACACUCACAACACUUCCUUCUUUUCUUCUGUGUCUUUUGGGGCAAUUAAUAAUAAAAAAGAUGAAGAUGACAAUUAGGGUUUGUUUGAUCCUAACUCUGCUCCUCUUUUCCUCUUCGUUUCUUCAAGUUACAAGAUGUGAGCCAGAUCCUGAUGCAGAAGUUGUUGAUUCGUCUGACGAAGGAGAUCUUGGGAUUGUUGGGGAGGAUGUCCAAGAUUUUGGUGGUGGAAGCUUUAAUCCAGCUCCAGGAGUGGAAACUGUUUGUGUUUUCCCCAAAAACCCCUCAAAAGUGAUAGCAGCUGGGGAAGAAAGUGAACUUCUUGUUGGAAUUAAAAAUGAGGGGGAAUCAAGUAUUAAUGUUAUUGCAAUCCAGGCCAGUGUUUAUCUUCCUUUUGAUCACAGAUACCUGAUUCAGAAUCUCUCCGCCCAGGCUUUUAGAAAUGCAUCAGUUCCUCCAUCAGCUCAAGCAACUUUCCCUUAUAUAUUUGCCGUAAGCAAGUUCUUACAGCCGGGUGAAUUUGAUCUUGUGGGGACUAUUGUAUAUGAGAUCAACCAGAACCCUUACCAGAGUACCUUCUACAAUGGAACAGUUGAAGUUACUGAAGUAGGUGGCCUGUUCAGUGUCGAGUCAGUGUUCUUGUUUUGCCUUGGUGUGGCCCUCCUUGGACUUCUUGGGUUUUGGAUACGCAGCCAAAUUCAAAAUUUAUCCAAGAAAACCAAGAGGGUCACGAAGGUCGAAGUUGGAACUGCAAAAACUGAUGCCUCAAUGGAUGAGUGGCUGCAGGGCACUGCAUACACUCAGUCUCUUUCCAACAAAUCAAAGAAGAAGAAGUAGAUCAACAUGCUCAAACAGUUGACUGUAACCAGCAGCAAAAUGGAGGCAAUGGUUCUUGUAGCAAAGCUUAGGGCUUCGAACAUAUGAGGAAGAUCAAUAGGUCGGAGUAGAUUUAAAAAAAAAAAAAAAAAUGGUAAUGGGAAAACCUGUCUUACUGUUGUAGCAUGAGGAAGAAACUUUCACAUUUUCUUUUUUCCUUGGGAACAAUUCUUAAAAGAUUGAGCCAUUUUCUUACCAAACUGACUGAGAGUAAGCUUCCCAAGGCGACGGGCUUACUAGAAUCAGAUUUAGAUUAUUGUCAUUUUUGCCAAUUAAGUUAUGACGAUUCUGAGCCUGUGAAGUCGAUAUUUAGUGAUUUAAUGCAUUUGGUAUAUGUUUAGUUUAAA